UCUCUCUGUCUCCCAUCAGGUGAUGGGAUGGUGAGUCAGAAUGAGGAGGAGAAACCCCAUCAGGAAGAUGCUGAGCAAAGAGAACCACAUGGAACUUUAUCAGGAAGAUCCAAAGGGAAUGUUUCUUGGAAUUGUGCACUCCCAGAAAAACCAAAAGCCUGUGAGACUCAGGGGAGGCCAGAGGGAAACUUUAGUAGCCUCUCAGACCUUAUGACAAGCGACAGAAUCAACUUGGCAGAGACACGCUACAAAUGCCAUGAGUGCGGGAAAAGCUUCAGUCGGCGCUCUCCCCUUAUCAGACAUCAGAGAAUCCACACAGGAAAAACGCCCCACACAUGCUCAGAGUGCGGGAAAAUCUUUAGUCGGAACUCACACCUUAUCAGACAUCAGAGAAUCCACAAUGGAGAGACGCCCUACACGUGCUCUGAGUGUGGGAAAAGCUUUAGUUGGCAGUCAGACCUUAUCAGACAUCAGAGAAUCCACACAGGAGAAAGGCCCUACAUAUGCUCUGAGUGUGGGAAAAGCUUCAGUCGGAGCUCACACCUUAUCAAACAUAGGAAAAUCCACACUGGUGAGAAACCUUAUGGAUGAUCUGAGUGUGGGAAAUGUUUCUUUAAUCAUUCA